UUUAUGGCCCUUUGUUUCUUCCUGACCAAGAGUUUUUUAUGACUGGGGGGUCGUGGUGUGAUCCUACAGAUUGUUCAUGAUAAUGAGUGUCUGUGGGGGUGUUAAUGGCUUUACGACACACCCUACAAUAGGUAUGCGUUAUGUUUAAAAGUAGAGUCAGUUACGCAGAAGUCUCUAAGAUCUCGGCUGUGUAUCAGAGCGCUGUGUAAUUUUAGGCGAAUCGUCGAUUCUCGUUUUAACUCACCGCUAAAGCUUUAUAUUUUAUUUUGGAGAAUACUUCAAAGAGGAGAUGGCCGUCUAUCGUAACAGUAAGUGUUUUGUUUUAUUUUAUUAUUAUUAUUAUUACACAUUGUUAAGAAUGUUUUUAUUUAUAAACGAAUUUAUGGGUUUAUUGUGGUGGAUAAAACAGAUAUCUAACGUUACAGGUGAUGCUGACAUUGUGUCUAUCCCGGACAUCGUAGACGAAAUACAUUUUCUGAGCAAGGCAAGUGGUACGUACGUUGUUAUUCUUUAUAAGUAUUCGAUCCUAUGUAUUGUGUAUGUGUUUAAUGAUUUUACUUUAUUUUACACAAAGGGGCGAACACAGAAGUCCCGCGAGUCAGGUUUGAAAACCCCGUGUUGGGUAAGAUCUGUAAUAAUGAGAUAUUUAGCUGUUAUGUUUAAAAGCGGUUUAAGAUGUUCUCUUAUGUAUUGUGUUCGUUUGUUUACUGUUCAACGCUUGUCAGAUCUUGUAAACAAGAUCGCUGCACCCGAGUUCAAAAAUAGUGCUGCGGUUUCUACUGAACGCGGUAUACCAACGAGCUCUGGAAAGGCCGAGCGUAAAACAGUCGCUCAGGUCCACAGCGCGGGUGUCGCGACGUCUAAACAGUCAGCUGUGAAUGAACCGAGCGCUAUAGACUCUUGUUUGAACUGGAAUCAGGAGCUGUUUGAUUCGUGGGACGCCUGUGUAUUUACCCCGGUUCCUGGAGACGAUCUGCCUUCAAACCAAGAAGCAUUUGGUCGCGAGGCUGCUGUUGUUCUAGACAAUAACAGAGACUCGGCAGAGGUGAUACGAACCGGGUUCAAGGCCAUCGAGGAUCGUAUUGCUGGAUUUGAAAAGACUUUUGCUAGCGUCACCGAGCGUCUGGACAUUAUAGAGAAGAAUCAGCGUCUUUAUAAUCAAAGUGUUGUGGAAACAUUACAAAACCAUAUCAUCACACACAAACAAAUCAUAGCAACCCAGAAGCUUCUUGCUGGGGAGAUUCGACACGUUGAUCACAAUCAACACCUGACGACGGAAUUGUUAAAACAGUUUGUACAGAAACUCGGGUGAGUUGUACAAUAAGUAUUUUAUACCCCUCUGUGUGUGUGUGUGUGUGUGUGUGUGUGUGUGUGUGUGUGUGUGUGUUUAUUUGCUGGUUUGUAUCUGGUUUACUGUGUGUGAUAUUUUUUUAUUUUAUUUUAUUUUUUUUUACUAGUUUUUGUUUCAAUUAAAAAAAAAAUCUGUUAAAAUGUCAAAGCGGUGUGGUGAAAACUCGAGUAAUCUGGGAGCUGCAAUUAAAUCUAGAAGAUGCAACGAUGGUGUGUGUACUUUUGAACAGCGUGGCAAUACAGAGACGUUACAGGGUUCAAUUCAGACAAUGGAGGAUCUGAAUAGACAGCAGUCUACCACUGAUACUUUGUUGGACUAAUUAAACAGUGUUAGAUCAGUGGCUGAGGUUCAAACAGAACCACUGCCUAAUUCGUUGUUAGACAGCGAUUCAAAUUCACAGCAGGUGGGGUGGGGGUCAGACAGUCAAUCGUUUAAUCCUUCGGAGCCAAAUUUUGGGUUAUCCGAAGCCGCUAUUGAGUCUAUCGUAAGAGAGGGUGGGUCUGUUGGUGGUUAUACGGUGGUACCGAGAC